CCGGCGGGGUCCGCUCGCUGCUCGGCCGCCCGCCCGCCCUCGCCAUGGCGGCGGAGCGCGGGGGCUGCGCGCUGGAGGCCGUGCCGCUGCCGCCCGAGGUGCGCGAGAGCCUGGCGGAGCUGGAGCUGGAGCUGUCCGAGGGAGACAUCACUCAGAAAGGAUAUGAAAAGAAGAGGGCAAAGCUGUUAGCACGGUACAUACCACUCAUUCAAGGUGUGGAUCCAUCCCUGCAAGCAGAGAACAGAGUGCCAGGCUCUUCCCAGGCCACUGCUGCUGUAUCCAAACAGCAGAAAUCCCGCUCUACCAACUCGAGGGACGAGCGCUUCCGAUCUGAUGUCCACACCGAAGCAGUACAAGCAGCACUCGCGAAAUACAAGGAGAGGAAGAUGCCCAUGCCCUCCAAGAGACGGUCUGUCCUGGUGCACUCCUCGGUAGAGACCUACACCCCCCCAGACACAUCGUCAGCAUCAGAAGAUGAGGGCUCGUUACGGCGGCAAGGGCGGAUCGGCUCCACUCCGUUCCAGAGCCAUUCCAACGUAGAGCCCUGGCUUAACCGCGUCAUUCAGGGCUCCUCCACCUCAUCCUCUGCAUCCUCCACCUCAUCUCAUCCCGGAGGGAAACCUGCUGCUUCCAAUACCGCUCCUGCCACCGCUGCUGCCACUGUGCUUGCAGAUCUCAUGGCACACACCCAGAUAGAGAACCACUCUGCACCCCCAGACGUGACCACUGGCCUGGUGGAACACCUGUACCACGAGCGCCCGCAGGUGGCAUCGGUGCGAGGAGUGCCCAGAGGCUACAGCAGCAGCAUUUUGGAAACUGCAGAUGGUGUCCCAGUGAAUAGCAGAGUGUCCUCUAAAAUCCAACAGCUGCUGAAUACCUUGAAAAGACCAAAGCGCCCACCUUUGAAAGAAUUUUUCGUGGAUGAUUUUGAAGAACUGCUAGAAGUGCAACAGCCCGACCCAAAUCAACCAAAGCCCGAAGGAAAUCAAAUGAAUGUACUCAAAGGGGAGCCCUUAGGGGUUGUGACCAACUGGCCACCCUCUCUGCUGGCUGCCCUGCAGCGCUGGGGAACCACCCAGCCCAAAGCCCCGUGUCUGACAGCGUUGGAUACCACUGGGAAAGCCAUUUACACCCUUACCUACGGCAAGCUGUGGAGUCGAAGCUUGAAGUUAGCCUAUACCCUGCUGAACAAGCUAACCACUAAGAAUGAACCCCUGCUGAAGCCUGGAGACCGGGUAGCCCUCGUAUUUCCCAAUAGCGAUCCAGUUAUGUUUAUGGUGGCAUUUUAUGGCUGUCUCCUGGCAGAACUUAUUCCUGUCCCAAUAGAAGUUCCACUCACAAGAAAGGAUGCUGGCAGUCAGCAGAUCGGGUUUCUCUUGCGCAGCUGUGGAGUAACACUGGCUUUAACCACUGAUGCCUGUCAGAAGGGCCUCCCCAAAGCUCAGACUGGAGAAGUGGUGACGUUCAAAGGCUGGCCUCGCCUCAUUUGGUUUGUGAUUGAUGGGAAGCAUCUGGCGAAACCCACCAAGGACUGGCACCCGCAAGUCCGGGAUGCCAGCGCUGAGAUUGCUUACAUCGAGUACAAAACAAGUAAAGAGGGCAGCACGGUGGGCAUUACUGUAUCUCACGCUUCCAUGCUGGCACACUGUCACGCUCUGACUCAGGCGUGUGGUUAUUCAGAAGCUGAAACACUGACAAAUGUCUUGGAUUUCAAAAGGGAUGCUGGCCUUUGGCAUGGAGUGUUAACAAGCGUUAUGAACAGGAUGCACGUCAUCAGCAUUCCCUAUGCAUUAAUGAAGGUUAAUCCACUUUCCUGGAUACAGAAAGUCUGCUCUUACAAAGCCCGUGUAGCAGUUGUAAAAUCCCGAGAUAUGCACUGGUCACUUUUGGCUCAGAGGGAUCAGAGAGAUGUCAGCCUGAGCUCGUUACGGAUGUUAAUAGUGGCAGAUGGAGCCAAUCCAUGGUCAAUAUCUUCCUGUGACGCGUUCCUGAAUGUAUUUCAGUCCAGAGGCUUGAGACCAGAAGUCAUCUGUCCUUGUGCCAGUUCUUCAGAGGCGCUGACCGUUGCCAUUCGCAGACCUCCUGAACUGGGUGGCCCCCCUCCAGGAAAAGCAGUGUUAUCCAUGAACUGUCUGAGUUUCGGCGUGAUCAGAGUGGAUACAGAGGAGAAGUUGUCGGUCUUAACUGUGCAGGAUGUUGGCCAGAUUAUGCCUGGAGCCAGCGUGUGUGUUGUGAAGGUGGAUGGGACUCCUUAUCUGUGUAAAGCUGAUGAGGUUGGAGAAAUUUGUGUGAAUUCAGGAGCAACUGGGAUAGCGUAUUUCGGCCUCCUGGGAAUCACCAAGAAUGUGUUUGAGGCCAUCCCAGUGACAGCAGCCGGCGUGCCUGUUUCAGACCAGCCCUUCACAAGGACAGGACUGCUUGGCUUUGUGGGUCCUGACUGUUUGGUGUUUGUGGUAGGGAAGUUGGAUGGCCUGAUGACAGUCAGUGGCCGCAGGCACAACGCAGACGACGUGGUGGCCACCGCCUUGGCAGUCGAACCCAUGAAGUUUGUCUAUCGGGGAAGGAUAGCAGUGUUUUCUGUGCCCGUUUUGCAUGAUGAUCGGAUAGUGCUUGUGGCAGAGCAGCGCCCUGACGCCUCAGAGGAGGAUAGUUUUCAGUGGAUGAGCAGGGUUCUACAGGCGAUCGAUAGCAUUCACCAGGUGGGCGUGUACUGCCUUGCCCUGGUGCCAGCCAACACUUUGCCAAAGGCUCCCCUCGGAGGGAUUCAUAUUUCAGAAACCAAGCAGCGCUUUUUGGAGGGUGCCCUGCAUCCUUGUAACGUCUUGAUGUGUCCCCACACCUGCGUCACCAACCUGCCCAAGCCCCGACAGAAACAGCCAGAUGUUGGUCCUGCCUCGAUGAUAGUGGGAAACCUCGUAGCUGGCAAGAGGAUUGCACAAGCCUCGGGCAGAGAUGUGAGCCAGCUGGAGGACAAUGACCAGGCAAGAAAGUUCCUGUAUUUGGCAGAUGUUCUUCAGUGGCGAGCUCAGACAACUCCAGAUCAUCCCCUCUUCCUUCUGUUGAACUCCAAGGGCACUGUAGCCAGCACUGCAUCGUGCAUCCAGCUGCACAAGAGGGCAGAGAGAGUGGCAGUGGCGCUGCUGGAGAAGGGGCGGCUCAACGUUGGUGACCACGUGGCCCUGGUUUACCCUCCAGGAGUGGACUUGAUAGCAACUUUCUAUGGCUGCUUAUACGCUGGCUGUGUCCCCAUCACUGUCCGCCCACCUCAUCCACAGAACCUUGCUACCACUCUGCCCACUGUCAAAAUGAUUGUAGAGGUCAGUAAGUCUGCGUGCAUACUGACCACCCAAGCCAUAAUGAAACUGCUCAAGUCUAAGGAGGCUGCUGCAGCUGUAGAUAUUAAAACAUGGCCCACUAUUUUGGAUACAGAUGAUAUGCCUAAAAAGAAGCUGGCUAGUGUUUUCAGACCUACUUCCCCAGAUAUGUUGGCAUACUUGGACUUCAGUGUGUCUACUACUGGUAUAUUAGCAGGAGUAAAGAUGUCACACGCAGCUACAAGUGCCUUAUGCCGCUCGAUAAAGCUGCAGUGCGAGCUGUACCCAUCCCGACAGAUUGCCAUCUGCCUGGACCCUUACUGUGGCCUGGGCUUUGCACUGUGGUGCUUGUGCAGUGUAUAUUCAGGUCACCAGUCCAUCCUGGUCCCUCCUCUGGAGCUGGAGAGCAACGUGUCUCUGUGGCUGUCUGCUGUCAGCCAGUACAAAGUACGUGUCACCUUCUGCUCGUACUCGGUGAUGGAGAUGUGCACCAAAGGGCUGGGCACACAGACCGAUGUUCUCCGGAUGAAGGGAGUGAACCUGUCCUGUGUCCGUACCUGCAUGGUGGUUGCAGAGGAGAGACCGAGGAUCACCCUAACCCAGUCUUUCUCCAAGCUGUUUAAAGACCUGGGCCUCUCUGCUCGUGCAGUGAGCACCACCUUUGGCUGCAGGGUUAACGUAGCAAUCUGCCUACAGUGCCUCUUUGUUUGUAUUUUCUUUUUUUUUUUUCCCCUUUCUCUCUGUUUCACACACUUUGAUGGCCUCUGUUACUUCUGUUUGUGGUCCUGCUGUCAGCCAAACAGGCUGGGCAAGCUGGCUGAACAGGGAACAGCAGGACCAGAUCCAACAACAGUCUAUGUAGAUAUGAGAGCACUUCGACACGACAGGGUGCGUUUGGUAGAGAGGGGCUCUCCACACAGUCUGCCGCUUAUGGAGUCUGGGAAGAUUCUUCCAGGAGUAAAGGUCAUCAUAGCGCACACAGAAACCAAGGGACCUCUGGGAGACUCGCACUUAGGAGAGAUAUGGGUGAGUAGCCCACACAACGCCACUGGUUACUACACGGUGUAUGGAGAGGAGGCACUGCACGCCGAUCACUUUACUGCUCGCCUGAGCUUUGGGGACACUCAGACCGUGUGGGCUCGGACCGGGUACCUGGGCUUCCUGCGCCGCACGGAGCUCACCGACGCCAGCGGAGAGAGGCACGAUGCCCUGUAUGUGGUGGGCUCUCUGGAUGAAACACUGGAGCUCAGAGGAAUGAGGUACCAUCCCAUUGACAUAGAAACCUCGGUAAUAAGGGCACAUAAGAGCAUUGCAGAAUGUGCUGUGUUUACGUGGACCAACUUGCUGGUGGUGGUUGUGGAGCUGGAGGGGUCGGAGCAGGAAGCGCUGGACCUGGUGGCGCUGGUGACGAACGUGGUGCUGGAGGAGCAUUAUCUCAUCGUGGGGGUUGUGGUCAUCGUGGACCCAGGCGUCAUUCCCAUCAAUUCCCGGGGGGAGAAACAGCGGAUGCACUUGAGAGAUGGAUUUUUAGCUGAUCAGCUGGAUCCUAUUUACGUUGCCUACAACAUGUGAAAACGGGGAACCACGUCAAGGCUAAAGCACCAAAAUCCAAGGGACUUUCCUCAUAAUAACAUCAGAAUCCAUGUUCUGUGUUUUUAAAAGCUGUUGAAGACUUUAGGAAAAUGGAGAUACAACUCUUCACAGACCUUCAUCUCCCAAGACUGCAUUUGCUUUCGUAAGUCCAUUGUAACAGUUACAGCUGUCUUAGGAUGGAGAGUUUACUGGAAUUCCUGAAGGAAGCUUAUUAGAACUAUCAUGGACCAAUUUUAUUUUUUUUGGGGGGGGGGAGGGGUGGGUGGUAAUAAUUAUGAAUGUCAGUACUUGAUGCACUGCAUAAAAGGACAUAAAGUGGGGUGGGGAGAGAACACCAGCUGUGAGGAGGACUCCUGGAAGUAAGACCUGAAGUCGUGAGUGACCAUCCAGAGUUCGCCUCCGCGUGACUGUUUGCAAUAUAUCGGCAGUUUCAGGGUUGGGACUUGACCUUCAAGAUUGCACACACCUCUACCACGUUCUCUACUGAAAGGAAUUUUGCACAUAUUUUGAGAUUUAAGAAUGCAGCCUUUUUAUUUUAAAUCACUGACUCAUCCCCGCCGCUCGGAAGAAACCAACCCGUUGGGAUCCCGGAUCCAGUGUAACAGUUAUGCUGCUGUUCAGCUUUUUUGUAGCCAGCAAAAAACAAAUACUGCAGCUGUAACAGUGUUACUUAGGGUGCCAUGCUGGACUAUGUAAUGCUACAAACUUUAUAAUAAAAUACAAAGUAAUAUCCAGUUUUAAGUACUUGAUGCAGGAGCCUUCAGUGCUCUCCUAACUCCACGUCCAAGUCGCCUGUUUUCGUUGUGUUAGCUGUUGAUUCCUGCCCUGCGUAACGCCAAGGAUCUGAAAAUUCAUUCCAAAGCCACUAGUCUCUGAAUGGUUUGUACAGAUGUUUACAAAGCAUGGGCUUACAAUAUGUUUUCCCUGCAUAUCCUGUGCGAAAACUUACAAUAGUGACUUGUUUUUCCCCCCACCAUGGAAAAGCUAUUCAGUGUUAGUUAGCUUGAGCUGCUGUGGUACAGACUGUCUUUAUUUUCUGUGGAGUUGUAGACUCUUUUUGUUCAGGCUAAAAUAUCCAGUUGGUUGAGUCACACUUGACGAAUUAAGGUUUUGAAGUUUCUGCCUGAUCUAAUACUGCAGUGAACCUAAUGCAGAAAGAGAGUAGGAAGUUAUCGAGAUACUUACUGUGUUUGAAGGUAAGCACGAGACUAGCAAAUAAUUAUUUUUAUAGAUUUGUUAAAGACUUUGAGAGCUCCAUACGACUUUUUUAGUGAUGCACAAGUUUGGCAAAAGGGCCAGCUUUUUCUGCAGGGCGAUUCUGCCUGGAUCAGUGCCUAAGAAAGAUAGAUGUCAGUCCCCUGGUAUAUCAGAUUUACUCAUGGUUAAAUAAACUCUGAAAUCUGCGAGAAGAAGCUUUCCUAUAUAGUAGUUAUCUGCCCUGGUGGUGUUUACCUGUGGUGUAUUAUACAGCUGCAUACUCCUGACUGUAAUUAUGUACAGAACCUGUGUAACUUAUUCUCUGAGUACAGCAGCCUCCAGCAGCGGGCUGUGGGACACCCCUCCUAACAAAAGAGCUGGCAAAAGGAGGGAACUCCCUAACCCUCAUCUCCACAUUGUAGUUUUUUUUAGCAAAUAAAGCAUUGUAAGACUUUUUUGUAUGGAGAGAUACUGAUGACAGCGAGACGAGUUGCCUUGUAAAGUCAAAUCUUAAAAACAAAACAAAAAAAAAGCUCAUUAAACAUUUCAAAACAGCUCGUGACAAUCUGACAUCAUUGCCACGGUGAUGCUGGGUGGCCUGGGCCUGUAUGACCUUCAAGAUACAUUUGUAAAAGACACCAGCCAGGACCAAUGAAGAGACCUGUUGCCAAAUGCAGGCUGUGCUGGCGAGCAGGGCGAAAAGCACGGGCUGGGAAGGGAAAAGCUGGAGCAGAAGCAGCAGGACGGAGGCGACAGCUGCCGUGGCAGCAGGUGGGAAGGCUGUAAAGGUCCCUGACACACCUGUUCUGCCCCCCUGCAGUGUGAGUCAUGGGAGGUAGAGUGCCUGGUUUGGUUUUUAUCCAAAUAAAACAAUGUGCUGCACCGGCGUUACUCCA